UGUCUUUCUAAAAGUGAGAAGGAUUCGCGCUCUUCUACAUAACAGAAUUAAUCACAGAAAUGGAGAUCGAGUAGAAUAGUAUCCAACCGUAGAAGAUGGCAGUCACCCCCUCCUUCAACAACAACCUCUUCGCCUCCGUUGAUAUGGGAACAAAUUCCUUCAAGCUCCUCAUCGUCCGCACCGAUUCCUCCACCGGCAGGUUCAUUGCCCUCGACCGCCUCAAAGAGCCAGUCGUCCUCGGUCGCGACAUCGUCUCCUCCUCAAAAAUAUCCGCCGCCUCGUAUGUCCACUCAUUCGAUGCCCUCACGAAAUUCCAGGAAAUCCUCUGCUCCAAUCGCGUUCCUCCCGCCCAUACCAGCUUUGUCGCCACCUCCGCUAUACGCGAAGCUUUAAAUCGAUCCGAAUUCACAACAAAAGUCCACCAGACCCUCGGCCUUGAAGUCAAUGUCCUGUCCGGCGAAGAGGAGGCGCGCCUCUCGUAUAUUGGGGUUCUACAAUUUCAUCCAGUUUUCGACAAAAAAGUCCUCACUAUUGACAUAGGUGGAGGUUCGACUGAAUUUGUGAUCGGGAAACAAGGCAAAGUUAUUGUUGGGAUUUCAUUGAAACUAGGACACGUGACUCUUACGGAAGAAUUUGUAAAGACUGGUGAACUUCAGUCUAUGCGAGAACACAUUAGGAGUGUGAUCCGAAAAUCUGGAUUGAUUGACAAAGUUGCAGAACAAAGAUUUGACAUUGUUAUUGGUUCUUCGGGAACAGUUCGAUCCAUAGAGAAGGCAAUAUUCUAUGGAUAUGGUGGCAGCUUGAUGGAUGAUGCUGGAUUGUUUGAAGGGCACAAGAGAGAUUGGAGAUUUGUCAAGGAAGAACUGGGAGACUUAGUUAGUAGGUUGUAUCUUGAAGAGGGUAGGAUUGAAUUGCUGGAUAAACGUGACAAAUUUUUCAAGAGGAGAUCAGAGUUUAUAGUGGCGGGUGCUGUGCUCUUAGAAGAGAUAUUUGUUGCACUUGGUAUAUUUGAGAUGGUGGUUUCUGGAUAUUCUCUGGGAGAGGGUGUAAUUGCAGAAAAAAUGUACGGUGUUUUGAAUGAAUUUGACUUGAAUGCAAAUGCACGAUGGCAUUCUGUUGUGCGCCUGGCCAAGAGGUUUAACAACAAAAAGAGGAUGAAAUCAGCUGCAUUAUGCAGUAGUAUUGCUAAGGAACUGUUUGAAAGUUUAAGGAAAUUGAUGGUUGUCUAUUGUGAAGAUAUGCAUAUUAUUUUAGACGAUAAAGAUCGUGAAUAUCUUGAAGCUGCUUGUUUGCUUCACAACAUAGGUCUCUUUUUGGGUGAAAAGGGUUAUCAUAAGCAGUCUUACAAGAUUAUCAUGAAUGGUGAACAUCUUCAUGGAUAUAACAGUGAUGAGGUCAAGAUAAUAGCCUUGCUUGCCAGACAUCAUAGGAAGAAGUUUCCAAAAUUGGAUAAUCACUCACAUGGGUUCAACCAAGAGGUGAAGCAAAAAUUCAGAAUCCUUUGUAUAAUUAUUCGUCUAUCAACCAUGAUAGAGCAUAACUUUCCAAAUGUCAAAGAAAUAGAUUUUUCCCAUUCUGAUGAAGGUUUCAAAAUGGUCCUUAAUGAGAGGAUGGGACAGAUUUCGUCAUCCCAAAACAACGUAAAGGAGGAAAUAAAGAAGGAGAUUGAACAUUUCAGAGUGGUACUUGAUCAGAAGUUAUCAGUCAUACUUCCUUCAAGAACAUCAGAGUUGUCAUAAAAGAUACUCAUCAAUGUGUCUGGUGGUGGAACACCAAAUCAUAUUAACUGUUACAUUGUGAAGUGUGAAUAAUUUUACUGUACCAGUUUUGGAAAAAAAAAGUUCAACAAGCCAUUGAACUAAUAUGGAAUGCUUAAAUUGACCACUCAUUGAACUUUAAAUUGUUUCAAUUAACCUAUCGGAAUUUCUUUAAUUGUCUCCAACAAGUCACUUUAUUUUGCCCCUUUUUUA